GUCACACUCACGCUCACAAGACGGGCACGGAUUAAAUGGCAUGGAGCUUGCUUCAUCACACACACUCGUCCAGUCUUGGCUCCCCUCGGCGAUCGGCUUGCCGGCUCUGGGCCUCUGGCCAUGGAUCCAGACAACGAGGUGGACUACGACAUGUCGCCGUACCUCAUCCGCUACAAGAGCGGCCGCGUGCACCACCUCAUGGGCACAGGCAGGGUCGACGCCGGCACGGACGCCGCCACCGGCGUCACCUCCAGGGACGUUGUUAUCGACGUCGGCACUGGCCUCGCCGCGCGUCUCCACAUUCCCAGCGACGUCCUCGGUACAUCCACGAAGCUGCCCGUCCUCGUCUACUUCCACGGCGGCGCCUUUGCCGUGAACUCGGCCUUCUCCACGCAGUACUUCCGCUUCCUGAACGCGCUCGUGUCAGCGGCCCGCGCCGUGGCCGUGUCCGUCGACUUCCGCCUCGCGCCCGAGCACCCGCUGCCCGCCGCCUACGACGACGCCUGGGCCGCGCUCGGCUGGGCCGUGGCGACCGCCAGCUGCGCCCGAGCGUCGUCCGAGCAGGAGCCGUGGGCGUGGCUGGCCGAGCACGGCGAUCCCGCGCGCCUCUUCGUCGCGGGCGACAGCACCGGCGGCAACAUCGCGCACAACGUGGCGAUGAGGGCAGGCAGGAGGAGCGGUCUGCCCGGCGGCGAGCGGAUCGAAGGGAUGGUGCUCCUGCACCCGUACUUCUGCGGCAAGGAGCUCGUGGCGCCGUCCGAGGGCGCGGAGCCCCGCCGCCGCCGGUCGUUGGAGACGGAGGAGCGGUGGUGGGCGUUCGUGUGCGCGGAGAGAUACGGGAUCGACCACCCGUUCAUCAAUCCGGUGGCGAUGCCAGCGACGGAGUGGGUGUCGCUCGGCUGCCGGCGAGCCAUGGUGACCGUGGCCGAGCUGGACAGGAUGCGGGACAGAGGCCGGAGGUACGUGGAGGCACUGAGAGCCAGCACGUGGGCAGGAGACGAGGCCGUGCUGUACGAGGAUCAAGGCGAGAGGCACGUCUUCUUCCUCAGUAGUUCCGACGAUAGCGGCAAGACGAAGCAGAUGAUAGCAGCCAUUGCGUCCUUCAUGGCGUCGUCAAAUGCCCAAGCUCUGUUAUUAGGUCCAUCGUCCGAGCGAUCUUUGGGUUGUGAUGCUAAGCUUUAGAUCCUCAAAUCCUCGUGAAUACAGAAUUGAAUGAUCUAGGAGGAUAACCCCGUUGCUACGGGGAGUUUUUCUUAAAUAAAGUUGCUGCAUCUUGUAUGUGAAGAGAUUGAAAGUU